UGUCAGACCAGGGCUGUCACUGGGAGGAGGAGGCUGACUAGGGCCUUGUCCUCAGCCAUCUCCAGCUGUCUCUGAGGCCUGAUCCUGCUUCUCCUUGAUCCCUCCCUGGCCCUGGGAUGGCAGCUGGCCUGUGGGGCUGGCUACUUUGUGCCCUGCUCCUGAAUUCGGCCCAGGGUAAGCUAUACACACCCAUCCACAAGGCUGGCGUCUGCACCUUUUAUGAAGAAUGUGGGAAGAAUCCAGAGCUGUCCGGAGGCCUCACAUCACUGUCCAACGUAUCCUGCCUUUCUAACACACCAGCCCGCCAUGUCACAGGUGACCACCUGGCCCUCCUUCAGCGCAUCUGUCCCCGUCUCUACAAUGGCCCCAACAACACCUAUGCCUGCUGCUCUAUUAGACAGCUGAUGUCACUGGAGAGCAGCAUGUCCAUCACCAAAGCCCUCCUUACCCGCUGCCCGGCCUGCUCUGACAACUUUGUGAGCCUGCACUGCCACAAUACCUGCAGCCCUGACCAGAGCCUUUUCAUCAAUGUCACCCGAGUGGCUGUGCUGGGAGUUGAUCAACCCUCUGCUGUGGUGGCAUAUGAAGCCUUCUACCAGCGUAGCUUUGCGGAGCAGGCCUAUGAGUCCUGUAGCCGCGUGCGCAUCCCUGCAGCUGCCUCACUGGCCGUGGGCACCAUGUGUGGUGUAUAUGGUUCUGCCCUUUGCAAUGCCCAGCGCUGGCUCAACUUCCAGGGAGACACAGGGAAUGGCCUGGCUCCUCUGGAUAUCACUUUCCACCUCUUGGAGCCGGAUCAGGCACCGGCAAAUGGAAUGCAGCUUCUGAAUGGGGUGAUCACACCCUGCAAUAAGUCCCAGGGUGAAGGCUUGGCAGCCUGUUCCUGCCAGGACUGUGCAGCAUCCUGCCCUGUCAUUCCCCAACCCCCAGCCCUGCGCCCCUCCUUCUACAUGGGUCGAAUGCCAGGCUGGCUGGCUCUCAUCAUCAUCUUCAGUGCCGUCUUUGUGUUGCUCACCUUUAUCCUUAUUCGCCUUCGAGUGGCUUCUAGCAAGAAAAAUGGCAAGGCAGUGGGACCCCAGGCAGCCCCCAGCCGUGCUCAAAAGCGCAGCCUCACACUUCACACUGUCCUUGGCAAUUUCUUCCAGAGCUGGGGCACAAGGGUGGCCUCAUGGCCGAUCACUGUCCUGGUGGUGUCCUUCCUAUUCGUGAUAGCGUUGGCAACAGGCAUGAUUUUUAUAGAACUCACCACAGACCCUGUGGACCUGUGGUCGGCCCCUAAUAGUCAAGCCCGCAAGGAGAAGGCUUUCCACGAUGAGCAUUUUGGCCCCUUCUUUAGAACCAAUCAGGUUUUCCUGACAGCUCUUAACCAGUCCGGCUACAUAUACAACUCCCUGCUGCUGGGGCCCAAGAACUUCAGCGGGAUCCUAUCCCUGGACCUGCUGCUGGAGCUGCUGGAACUACAGGAGAGUCUUCGACAUAUGCAGGUGUGGUCACCUGAGGCAGAACGCAACAUCUCCCUUCAGGAUAUCUGCUAUGCUCCCCUCAAACCACACAACACCAGCCUCUCUGACUGCUGUGUCAACAGCUUCCUUCAGUACUUCCAGAACAACCGCACGCUCCUGCUGCUUACGGCCAACCAGACGCUGAAUGGCCAGACUUCCCAGGUGGACUGGAGGGACCACUUUCUCUACUGUGCUAAUGCACCCCUCACCUUCAAAGAUGGCACAUCCCUGGGUCUGAGCUGCAUAGCUGACUACGGGGCCCCUGUCUUCCCUUUCCUUGCUGUUGGAGGGUAUGAAGGGGAGGACUACUCUGAGGCAGAGGCACUGGUCAUGACCUUCUCUCUCAAUAACUACCCUGCUGAUGAUCCCCGGAUGGCCCAAGCCAAGCUCUGGGAAGAGGCCUUCUUGAAGGAGAUGCAAGCUUUCCAAAAGAGAACAGCUGACAAGUUCCAGGUUGCAUUCAUGGCUGAGCGCUCUGUGGAGGAUGAGAUCAACAGCACCACUAUCAAGGACCUACCCAUCUUUGCCAUCAGCUACAUUAUUGUCUUCUUGUACAUCUCCCUGGCUCUGGGCAGCUACUCCAGAUGGAACCAAAUACUGGUGGAAUCCAAGAUCACCCUGGGCCUAGGUGGUAUAGCUGUGGUGCUGGGAGCAGUCGUGGCUGCCAUGGGCUUCUAUUCCUACCUGGGCAUCCCCUCCUCCCUGGUCAUCAUCCAAGUAGUACCUUUCCUGGUACUGGCCGUGGGGGCUGACAACAUCUUCAUCUUUGUUCUCGAAUACCAGAGAAUGCCUCGAAACCCUGGGGAGCAGCGAGAGGCCCACAUUGGCCGUGUCCUGGGCAGUGUAGCCCCCAGCAUGCUGCUGUGCAGCCUCUCUGAGACCAUCUGCUUCUUUCUAGGGGCCCUGACCCGCAUGCCAGCUGUGCGGACCUUCGCCUUGACCUCUGGCCUAGCGAUUACCCUCGACUUCCUUCUACAGAUGACUGCUUUUGUGGCCCUGUUCUCCCUGGAUAGCAAGAGACAGGAGGCUUCCCGUCCCGAUAUCUUAUGCUGUCUUACAUCCGGGAAACAGCCCCCAUUUGACCAAAAAGAGGGGCUCCUCCUCCGUUUCUUCCGUAAAAUAUAUGCUCCCUUCCUGCUGCACCGGUGGAUUCGCCCUGUUGUGCUGCUGCUGUUUGUAGCCCUGUUUGGAGCGAAUCUCUACUUCAUGUGCAACAUCAGUGUGGGACUGGACCAGGAGCUAGCUCUGCCUAAGGACUCAUACUUGAUCAACUACUUCCUCUUUUUGAACCAAUACUUUGAGGUGGGGCCUCCAGUGUACUUUGACACCACUCCAGGCUUCAACUUCUCCACUGUGGCAGGCAUGAAUGCCAUCUGCUCCAGUUCAGGCUGUGACAGCUUCUCCCUAACUCAGAAGAUCCAGUAUGCCACUGAGUUUCCUGACACGUCUUAUCUGGCUAUUGCUGCCUCCUCCUGGGUAGACGACUUCAUCGACUGGCUGACCCCAUCCACCUGUUGUCGCCUUUAUGCCUUUGGCCCCAAUAAGGAUGAAUUCUGUCCCUCAACAGAUACUUCCUCGUACUGUUUCAAGAACUGCAUGGCCUUCACUACGGGUGCUGUGCGGCCCACAGUAGAGGAAUUUCACAAGUACCUUCCUUGGUUCCUGAAUGAUCCACCCAACAUCAAAUGUCCCAAAGGUGGUCUAGCAGCGUACAGAACCGCUGUGAAUUUGAGCUCAGAUGGCCAGGUCAUAGCCUCCCAGUUCAUGGCUUACCACAAGCCUCUAAGGAACUCACAGGAUUUCACAGAGGCUCUACGAGCAGCCCGGUUGCUAGCAGCCAACAUCACAGAUGAGAUGCGGAAGGUGCCUGGGACAGACCCAAAUUUUGAGGUCUUCCCUUACACGAUCUCCAAUGUGUUCUAUGAGCAGUACCUGACUGUCCUCCCUGAGGGCAUCUUCACGCUUGCCCUCUGCUUCGUGCCCACUUUUGUCGUCUGCUACCUCCUGCUGGGCCUGGACAUACGCUCGGGCCUCCUCAACUUGCUUUCCAUCAUCAUGAUCCUUGUGGACACCAUCGGCCUCAUGGCCGUGUGGAACAUCAGCUACAAUGCUGUGUCCCUCAUCAACCUUGUCACGGCAGUGGGCAUGUCUGUGGAGUUUGUGUCCCAUAUUACCCGUUCCUUUGCUGUUAACACCAAGCCUACGAGGCUGGAGAGGGCCAAGGAGGCUACUAUCUCCAUGGGCAGUGCGGUAUUUGCUGGAGUGGCUAUGACCAACCUUCCAGGCAUCCUCAUCCUGGGCUUUGCCCAGGCCCAGCUCAUCCAGAUCUUCUUCUUCCGCCUCAACCUCCUGAUCACCUUGCUGGGCCUGGUGCAUGGCCUUGUCUUCCUGCCAGUUGUCCUCAGCUACCUGGGGCCUGAUGUUAACCCAGCUUUGGUACAGGAAGAGAAACAAUCCAUGGAGGCAGCAAUGGCCCCUGAGCCCUCCUGUCCGAAGUACCCCUUCCCUCCCGAUGUAACCCCCAACAUGACCCCCAAUGUCUAUGUUAACCACAGCUUUGAAGAGUUUGCUCCUGGAGCUAGUGCUGUUAUCAGUUCUUUGCCCAAAAGUGGGCAAAAGUACUGAAGGAGUCAGAGCUUGUCUAGGCGCCAUGGCUCUUGCUGAGGGGCCAUGAGGGUCUUCCCUAUGGUUGUUCCUUAAUCCACCUUUUUCUCAAGGCUUGGGAGAGGUUGUUCUAGAAAAAUGAUUGUCACCAUGGCCAUAAGGUGUCCAGCACCAUUGGCAGUGGCUCCUUUGCCCCUGUACCAGGUCACUGGUGUCCAGGUUUCUGAGGCCUUGGUCAGUGUCAGUGUGAGAUUACCUUCUGGUUCAUGGUCCUAGACCUGCCGAGGACAUGUCUGUCCUAGGCACAGACUGAGUAUAAGCUUCUCACCCAGCUUUCUUCUUUUAUUUCUCUUAUCAAGAAUAUCUCCAGAGUUGGUGAGAUAGCUCAGUGGGUAGACAAUUAUCACCA